UCUCCAGCCUCCUCCCGGUCCGCCCCGCCCCGGCCGGCCAAGGACCGCAGAACCGCGCGUUCACAGACUCGCCGAGCCCCCGCCGCGGGGAUGGGCGCGCUGCUUCGAGCACUCUUGCUCCCGCUGCUGCCUCAGUGGCUCUUGAGUGCGGUCCCCGCACUGGCCCCCGCGCCCUUCACGCUGCCCCUCCAAGUGACAGGGGCCACAAACCACAGAGCCUCGGCUGUUUCCGGGCUCGGGACCCCUGAGUUACCCCGGGCCGAUGGCCUGGCCCUCGCACUGGAGCCUGUCAGGGCUACCGCCAACUUCUUGGCUAUGGUGGACAAUCUUCAGGGAGACUCUGGCCGUGGCUACUACCUGGAGAUGCUGAUCGGGACCCCUCCACAGAAGGUACAGAUUCUUGUGGACACCGGAAGCAGUAACUUCGCUGUGGCAGGUGCCCCACACUCCUACAUAGACACCUACUUUGACUCAGAGAGCUCCAGCACAUACCACCCCAAGGGCUUUGAUGUCACUGUGAAGUACACACAGGGAAGCUGGACUGGCUUUGUUGGUGAAGACCUUGUCACCAUCCCAAAAGGCUUCAACACCUCUUUCUUGGUCAAUAUUGCCACUAUUUUUGAGUCUGAGAAUUUCUUUUUGCCUGGGAUUAAAUGGAAUGGAAUCCUUGGACUUGCUUAUGCUGCCUUGGCCAAGCCAUCAAGCUCUCUGGAGACCUUUUUUGAUUCCCUGGUGGCCCAAGCAAAGAUUCCGAACAUUUUCUCCAUGCAGAUGUGCGGGGCUGGAUUGCCAGUAGCUGGAUCUGGUACCAACGGAGGUAGUCUUGUCCUGGGUGGAAUUGAACCAAGUUUGUAUAAAGGAGAUAUCUGGUAUACCCCAAUUAAAGAGGAAUGGUACUAUCAAAUAGAGAUCCUGAAAUUGGAAAUUGGGGGCCAGAGUCUUAACCUGGACUGCAGAGAGUAUAACGCAGACAAGGCCAUUGUGGACAGUGGUACCACACUCCUGCGCCUACCCCAGAAGGUGUUUGAUGCAGUGGUGGAAGCUGUGGCACGCACAUCUCUGAUUCCAGAGUUUUCUGAUGGCUUCUGGACGGGGGCCCAGCUGGCAUGCUGGACAAAUUCUGAAACACCAUGGGCGUAUUUCCCUAAGAUUUCUAUCUACCUGAGAGAUGAGAAUGCCAGUCACUCUUUCAGGAUCACCAUUCUGCCACAGCUCUACAUUCAGCCCAUGAUGGGAGCUGGUUUCAAUUAUGAAUGCUACCGUUUUGGUAUCUCCUCUUCCACAAAUGCGCUGGUGAUUGGUGCCACUGUGAUGGAGGGCUUCUACGUGGUCUUUGACAGAGCUCAGAGGAGGGUGGGCUUUGCUGUGAGUCCCUGUGCAGAGAUUGCAGGUACCACAGUGUCUGAAAUUUCUGGGCCCUUUUCCACCGAAGACAUAGCCAGCAACUGUGUUCCAGCACAAGCUCUGAAUGAACCCAUCUUGUGGAUUGUGUCCUAUGCCCUGAUGAGUGUGUGCGGGGCCAUUCUCCUAGUUCUGAUCCUCCUUCUGCUGCUCCCGCUGCACUGCCGACAUGCCCCCCGAGACCCUGAGGUAGUUAACGAUGAGUCCUCACUAGUCAGACAUCGAUGGAAAUGAAGAGACUUGUCUGAACUCCAGCAGCCUUGAACUCAGCUCUUCCAAGAGGGACAUCUCCAAAUGGUUUCUCUGUCCAUUAGUCUGGAACCUCGGGUGUGCAUCUGAAUGCCUUCCAGACUGAAUCUUGAUUACUCUUGAUUUCCAAGUUUUCAGAUCUUUUCUACUUCAGAGAUAAAUGAUAAUAAAAACACCUCAUUGUGAACCAAAACAGUGCAUUGGGCUUCAGGCUUUAUGGGAGUGGUUAUGCCAAACUGCCCAGUGUACCAUAAAACCAAAAACAACCCAAACAAAGAAAAAAAAUGGGCACGCCCUGGUUAGUUACUAUAUUCUUUUCAACCUCAGGAAAAAUGAGUGCAUUCAGUUGCUUGCUCUCUUGCCUAGAGGAAACUUUUGGUAUUGACCAUAUUAAAGAGUAUUUUGUUUUACACUACUGCCUAGUCUAGAACAAGUAAGAAGGCUUUCAGUAUCCUAGCAGAAGUAGACUUGAGCCUGAUGAGAGAACCACUCAGCCUUCUUCUGUACCUGACUGUACUGCAGGACCUGGGGUAGGUCUCAGGCUCUCCAGCAAUGAGAAUCCACACACAGAUCACAUAAUCCCUUGCCAGAAAGAUCUUUGCCCAUCUAGAUAGAUUGAGAUGGCAUUCUAGUGAAAUGUAGUAUCUUUGGCAUGCAGGCAAAGAUGUUGCUUGUGUGGCUUGGCUAGUGUUCUGAGUUUGGGUAGGGUUCAGGCCCUGGCCGGUAUGAUGAGGCAGAACAGGUGCUGGGCUACAUGCUGCUCUUGACAUUCUGUUACCAAGCUGGCCAUGGUCACAUACACUUACUCAGAUUUCAAGUUAAUUAAUCAUGUUUUAAUGAGGAAAACAAACUCUCUCAUCUCUGCUACCAUAAUUGUUUCUUUUCUCUAAAUCUUCUUUGGAACUAAAUUGGUAAUUACUGAUCUGGGAAAUGGAGACAUGGCCAGAUGCCUGUGCUUCUGACCAGCUGUCAGGGAAGGAAAACUCGUGACUUGGAGUCAUUUCCACUUUUCUGAAUCCUUUAAAGUCAUGUAUUUCCCUUCAUAAGAUGCUUUGGGCCCAAGUGUACCAAUCCAAAGCAACUUGAAGGCACAUGACUGGCAGAUAACCUCUGUGGUUCUUCCCUGGGGGUGGGUAGAGGGGAUUUGGAGCAUGGUAAAGUCUUGGCAAAGGAAGAUCAGCAGUACCUUUAUUUACUACCAUUUGAGACCUUUGCUAAAGAAAGGUGGAAGCCUAUUACUCUAUGUGACCACUUGUUUAGGAUGGGACAUUAAUUGACAUACAAAGUCACCUUGUGGACACACACCCCACCAUUCCUAAGCCAAGUUCAAUGUUUACUUUGUGAUGCUACCUGCUACCAGGAUAGGUUGGACAUAAAACAUUCCACCCAGAGUGCUAAGCAGUCCCUCCAGCAGGAGGGUCUUUGGUGUUGACAACAGUCUUUGUGCGGAUGUCUCAGCCAUAUGUUCUGCUCACCCGGUCACCUCCAUAUUGAGAAAUACAUGGCAGUGCCAAGGACACUCAAGAGCCAUCCAGGAAUGUCACCGUGAACUGGAAGAUUCCCUAGCAGCCAGAGGAACCUUCUGUGAGAUUCUUGUGUGAAAGGAGUUGAGCUGUUGAAGAAGAAAGAUCCAACCAAAGCAGGGAUAGCUUUUGGUUCUCAAAUACUCAGAUGUGUCCAGCAUGCUCUAGUUGAGCAUGAAUAAUUCCAAAAUUCAUUACAAGGUUAGAAAUCUCUGGAAGUGAGAUCUGAUCACCUGUUGAUUUUUCCAUUGGUUACUAUCUUCUAGGCAGGUUUGCAUGGAAGACAACCAAGUUCUCCUAGACUCUGUCUCCCUUCCCUGUUCUGUGAGGACUUUGAAUCCCUGAAAUAGGACUGCUCAGUCUUCACACUCAUGAUAUCUGAUUCUUUGUAUUAGGUCAGGCUUCUGAAGUGCAGGAUGUCAAGGCAGGUGGAAGAUUACCAGCAUUUUCUGUAUUUCGUAUCAAAUGUGUCUACCUUUGUAUCUCAGAUGCCACUUAAUGUGACAUUUUGAUGGGAAUACUUAAAUUACAAAAGCAUAGCUUUGCAACUAGAAUGAAAUCAGCGGUUGAAUUUGUGACAUUUUCCUGGCAUAUACUUAGUCAAAACUGUGGUGACACCCACCUUCUCAAAUUCUACAAAUUGAGACUUCACUUUGGCAGACUUUCAGGAGUGUUUGCCUUGAACAGGAAUCAAAAUAGUGGCCUUUUGAGGGCCUCAGUUUUACCUUGAAUAGAAUGAGGAAUGGCCUGGAAGAUCUUUCUCCAUACAUUGAGAGUUGCAGGUGAUCCUUGUAUGGCCUAUGGAAUUUCUUCCUUAGUUUUUGUUUGUUUGUUUUUUGGAUUUUUUUCUUUGCCAGAAACAAGUGCCUGGAGUUAAAGAGGUAGGUGUGCUACACAAGACCAUGGGAUAUGCUUCUCCCAGCACAUAUCACUCCUGAGCACUUUGGAAAGAAUUUAUCUGACUGUCCUGAAACCCAGAGGUUUGGGUUGGAGAUGCAUUUGGGAAGAAAAACAGCAAUAAGGACUCCAAGGAGCUUUGAGGAAGAGAUUUCUCUAAAGCAGAUUCCAUUCUCUUCUUUAAGAGGUGGGGAGGGACUACUUGAUGAUUUAAUUAAGAAUGGAAAUUUGCUAAAUUAGCCUUAACACUUUCUCACCUGGUGGAGCAGCUAUGCCUGGCUGGGAUUUGAGUUCCAGCUUUCUCCCUGGGAGUAAGAAUGCGGCCCAAAAGUCUGUCCCACAGACAAGGAUAAUUUGGUUUCACAGCGUUUAUCUUUAUUAGUGGAAACAAAAUAGCUGGACAGCAUUCCAGAGUGUUUUCUUUUGUAUGAACUUACUAGAAUUGAUUAUUGGCACACCUACAUGAGAAAAAAAUCUCCACUAUCUUCUGAGGAAAAGCAAUACAAAACAGAAACACACACACACACACACACACACAUCUAGGAUUAUGUGCAUCUCCAAUAUGUCUUAAGAAUUACAGACCUGAAUGUGUAGCCCUUUACCUGUUAGACAGUAAUGCAGUUCUGUGUAGGGUGGGUAAGAGACUCAGACUAGGGAGUAAAGCAAGGUCCCAGAAUAAGCAAAGUUAGCGAUUUGGAAAAUGCUUCUUUCAUCUGGGCAUUAACUUUCUUUAAUCCUCCAGUUGGCCUACUGUGUUGGAAGUGUCAUUUUUAUUUUACAGAGCUAUAACUCCCCACCACCCAAUUUCAAGAAUGUUUAGGCAUUGAAGUCAACGUUGACAUAGAGGACAUGUGGGAGACAGGUAGCCUGCAUGUUGCCUGAGCCAAACAGAGAUUGGUCAAUUCCAUCAGCAAAGAGUUGAGGAUUCCUGGGAGUUGAUAAAAUUUAAACUCUUAUAGGGGGACAAGGCCUGAAGGAGUCAGGAAAGAGGCAUGUCCCCCACCUCACCCUGCAGUUUCAGUGUUCUAGAGAGCCAAUGUAGGCAACCCAAUUUACUCCAGUUUUUUUUAGCAUGGCCUACAUUCGUUUUGGGAAUCUCCAAAGGGAAGCCCUCAAGUUGGUCACUGGCCACUGAGCAGACAUUCCACAGAGGACAAUUUGUUUUGUUUAGAAGAUGUCUAUUCCAGUAAGACCAGAAUUCCUUGAGUUCAGGAGCAGGACCCAGGCUUGAGGUUACAGGAUCAAGGCUAUGUGCUGGGGAGUUCAUUGGGUAAGGGAAAGUUACUCGGGCCACACUGACUUGGCCAAGUUUCUUUUUGGGACUGUGUACCCAAGAAGGACUAUUGACAGUCAGAGCUAGACAGUCCCGUGAUAACAAGCCUUGUUAGAUCACUUACCCACUCUGGAAGCUGUUGUCAGCCUCAAAUCUGUGCCCUGUCUACAGUGGUCCUACUCUUCCUGCAGGAGUGGGUCUCAUGGGUCUCAGGGUGCAUAAGUACCCAGUCUCAUUCAGAGUCAACAUGGUGAGCCCAGGCUAGUCAACUGCACUGGGUCAGACAGUGAAGUGAAGCAAUCAUCAUGUUGCUAAAGAUUUUGAAAACCAAACCAAUCCUCCUGGUGACACCCAUGUAUCUACAAAGCCCACAAAUGAGGAGCUUAUUAGGAGUGGGUGAGUGAGUACUCACAAUGUCAAAUUCUAAGGCUGGUAACUUUUCCUACCUCCCACCACACAAGCUUCCUUUGGAUUUUGUAUCAGAUGUCACAUUACAGUUACUCUUAAAAAGAAGAAGGUAGAUGAAGACUGUCCUUUAAGUUCAACUCUCUAUUAAAGUUUGUAUUUUUCUUGAUCAAUCCCUGCAUCCCAGUGACAACCAGAAAGAAUAUGAUAUUAAAUCGUCCAUUCAGGAAUAUCACUGUCAGGAAAGAGCUAGACACACACACCUACAUUUACAACUGGAGAAAUAUUUAUAUGAGAUCGGCUGGGAUGGUCUAAGCUGUAGCACAUGGUGUGUCUCUCACACAUCAGAGUAGAGCACACAGCCAAUAUGAAUUUUUACCCAUAUGCUUCAUAAUUACAACUGGUAGAGGCGCAAUCAGCCCUCUCUUAAACUGAGCACAGCUGUGAUCUCAUUGGUGUCUGUAAAAAGAAACUGACACCUGAGCUCUCUGUGCAGCCCCACCUGAUUCAACACUGUUGUGUCUUCUUUGGUGUUGUAGAAAUUAGAUAGUUUGUAUUUGUAACAGGUGCACAGAUAGGGGUUGAAACUGGGCUUGCUGAUUUCUGCUCAUUGUGUUGUUCUGUUUGUACACUACUAGAACCUUCUGAGACAAGUAAAGUGUGGCAUCCUACCAGGGAAAGAAAACUCUCACGGGGGCCUCACAUUGUCAGGAUGGGUAUUGCUGAAUGAAAAAUGAAGUGUUAAGAGAAUGUCGGGUAAUCUCCUUCUGAGAUAAAAAACAAAGCACCAUAGCUAAUUAAAGCUUUAUUAAUCACUAAUGUAAUUCACACAAAGUAAAAUUUCUUGGGGUUAUGAGUGGAGUUCAGUAGUAUAGUUCUUACCUAGCAUUCACAAAGCCCUGGUACUGAAAAGGAAGGAGGGAGGGAAAUGUCUUCACAGUUUUGUGAACUCUUGUCCUUUGGCCCAGGAGUAUAGAAAGGCUGCCCCAUUAAAUUCCUCCUUUGCUGAAGAAUCAUGCAUUCUUACCAGUGAGGAGCUGAAGGUUGAUUUCGUUAGCAAUGACUCAGUUCAAACCCACAGGGUAGGUGGGGUUCUCACUUGUGAGUGAAAGCUAAAUUUGGAGUGUAAAAGGGCUUGUCUCCUACUUCCUCUAUUCAUCUGCACAGUCGAGUACCCUUAAGGGUUAAUAUUAUCUCCUCUUAGCACUGAAAGAGAUAUCCAUGUCUCCUGCUUCUUGGGAAUUUAAGGUUUGGCUUCUUCUGGAAGAGCUCUAAGCCAUGCACUUGAAAGGACAAGGUAGAUCUCUAUGAUGCCUGGUGCACACAGUUCCAUACCACUCAGAAUUAUGUAUAAGACUUCAAUGAUAAAUAAGUAAAUAAACAAAUAAAUGAUCCAGCCAUCUAGUGAAUUCCAAAAGAGGCAAAAAGUAGUGCUUUAUACAAUGUAUUUUGUGUAGCUCUCAUUUCUUUUCAUAUUUUCCUAUAGGGUUCUUGAGUGUAAAUUGUAUUUCUGAAGACAUGUCUAACUGGUCAAUGUUUUCUUGGCGAAUCUCCCUCCAUUUCCAGGGCACCAGACUAAUUUCCAAUCAAAUUAUGGUCAGAAUGCUGUGCAGAACAGAGUUAUUUGUGCCACAGAGUAGCUCCCUGGCUACUGACAAAUGCCCACAUGGUUGCUGGGCCCACCAACCUGGAGUUUCCUAGAAUAAUCUUAUGUUUGUACUUCUCCAUCCUGCUAAGAUGUAUACCACUGAAAAGGAGAGAGGUGUCUGACUCAGUCUGAAUAAACAACACUUCCUACUAGGGUUCUGAACUGUUUCUUUAAUCUCAUGCCUCUUGGGUCUCAGCUCUGGAGUUCCUGAACGUCACAGAACAUACGGGUUUCUGGGAGAUACCAAAGCUAAGUGAGUGGAUGGAGGACCCAGGCUCAAUGUAGUACUAGAACCUGGAGAACCAGCUACCAGGCACUGCUCAACGAUGCACAGCCCCAAUGUUUGCCCCGGUGUGGAACUUAGUUCAGCUCAGUUAUCUCAGAAGCAAUCCUGCAGCCGUGCCUCAGAACCUGGUGCAAAACCAUCUGUGUGGUAAGGAUAUGGCUCAGUGGUCCAGCUG